AUACAUACAUAACUAAUGUUUGAAACACUAUCCAUUGGUACGAGUAUCCGCAAACUACAUACAAUGGGUAUGAUCAUCCCAUAACAACAAAAAUUCCCAUUGCUCAUACAUUGUACUCUUCAUAAGUGUUUAUGGACAAUUUGUCGUCAUUAAUGACUUAAUUCAUUUUGCAGUAUUUUUUUCAAGUAGUCGUUUAGAGUGUGGAUGCCACAAAUAAAAACAAAUAAUUAAAACAUUUGAUACAUUUGAGUAGAAAACAAAACAGUAGCCCGAGUACAAAAAAAACACAAACAAUAAAAUCUUAUAUGACCAUCUUCUACUCAAUUCAUAACAUCCCAAACCAAACCGCACUUGUUCUACAAUAUUUACUCUAAAUGAAAUAAUUAUUUAAAAUAAAAUACAAAAAUUCUGAAACGAUCAAAAUGAACAAUAUAAGUGUAGCUGAGAACAAUGUAAUAUUUUCAGUCUUGUGGGAGAAAGCCAACCAACUACUAGUUACAAGGAGAAAAGAAUUAAACAAAAAACUAUUUAAUAAUUAAAACGAAAUGAAAAAAAAUAUAUAAAUAAAUUAACAAAAAAUUUCUAUUAAUUAAAUAUUAACAAAUGGAAUUCUAUACAAAUUUCUCUCAAAUGGAAAUGUGUACAAAUAGUCGCAUUAGUCCCUCAGAAUCAGAUUCUUCAAAUAGUACAGCUGCUAAGCCCCGACAUGUGGUCAAUGCUCGUGAACGUUGUCGUACCCAGAGUUUUUCCAGUGUUAAUUCGGCUUUCAAUACUUUACGCACUUUAAUACCCACCGAACCAUAUGAUCGAAAAUUAUCUAAAAUUGAGAUAUUGCGAUUGGCUAAAAGUUACAUAGCUCAUUUGGAUGCUGUUAUUGUGACAGGUAAUAAUGAAAAGCCCUGCAGUAUUUACUCGCGAGAAACACAUCACCUGUGCAAUAAUGAAAGAAUAACCGAAAGCAGAACUGCUAUAUGUACUUUUUGUGCCAAUAAUUUUAACAAAAGUUAAAAUAAUUUAUUUUUUUAAUUAGUGUAUAAUGAUAAAAAAUUAUUUAUUUAGUAAAUAAUAUUUAUCUAACUCAAAUGUAACGCAUUAAAAUUAUUUUUAUAACAUAAGCACCCUGUUGUUCUUCCACAAAUACAACUCUGUAAUAUAACACAUUAAUUAAACAUUGUUGUCUAACCAAAAAAAAUAUGAAAAAUCGCCAAAGAUAUAAUUUGUAAAGUUUUUCAAUCAUUGUAACCGUAUAAAAAAUUAAUUAAUUAUAUUCUAAAGAUAAAUAGAAUUUCUUAAU